AGCUGUCGCAAAAGUGGAGCCAGUGCAGGGAGAGAAGGAAGAGAAAGGGCCUACACCGCCGACAGACCCGGAAUCGGUGCCAACCACUCUCUUGAGAUGAGAACAAGUGAGAAAGGAGCCGAACAAAAGGUGCCUUCUUGUACUCUCCGAAACCAGCCGUGGAUCCAGUGGUAUUCAAAUCUAUUGCGUCGAUUGUCCCAGUGCCCCCUGAAAGUACCUGACGGCGAAUCCAUCUUCACCACUUUUUCGAAUUUUCUGAGGCAUAUUGACACUGUGAACCACAGGGCUCAGCUGAAAAGGAGAGUGCAAUUGCUACGAAACAUCGACUUGGAUCUGAGCUGUCGGUUUGCUGGCUCUGGCGUGCAUAUCGCAGCGAACAACCUUGGCACUCCUUUUCCGCACAUUUCCUGUCGUCUAUGCCCAAGCUGGGAUCCAAAAAUUGGCUUCGGGGCGAAUAUUACGGCUGUUUUAUCUGCCAUCCAGAUACAUGUGACAUCUAGUGGGCAUUCAGGUGGCACCAAGGCGGGCGACAAAGCAGACACGAUGGGUCCACGGAUUGCACCGAUUCCUAAGAAAGCACUCACCCGGCUUCUUACGCUCCAAGAGCCCGAGCGCAGCUUCCAGUGGCUCCAGUCUCUGUCCGAAGAAGACCUAGAGGGGGAGAUUAUUCAAAUUGCUCUCUGGGCAGCAUAUCAACCCUGCUUUGAUAAAGCAGAUGUACCUCUUCUACGCGCCGCUGAUUUUAUCAAAAACCUUGCGACAACUUUUCAGAUAAUGCUACCCUGCAAGUUGUAUCGGGAGCGGACAAAAACAAUGAACCUCAAACCUCCGGAAUACAGAACAAGAAAUCCGCAAUAGCCUCUGUCAGUAUGGUUGGGCCGAUUGUUGAAUCAAUUCAAAGCAAGAAGCACCCUCCCCC